AUGCUGCGCCGCGCCCUCACGCCCGCAUCCCGCCCCUCCCCGCGCCUUCAGGCACUGUUCUACGUACUUGGCGGGCAGCCCAACCCGUUGACAGGGCUGCUCGACUUCUUCGUCCUCGGCCCCGCGACCAAGGCGGCAUCUGGCAAGCUCAGGGCAAAGGACUUUGUCCUCCGCGACAAGCUGGGCGGCGGGAACUUUGGGGUCACCUAUGAGGCGAUCAAAGUCAAGCCCGGGGAGACGGUGUCGCAGCGCAGCUCGCUGACGCCGGAGCAGAAGCAGCGGCGCGUCGUGCUGAAGCGCGUGAACAUUGACCGCGCGGGCGUCAGGCAGGACUUCCUGCGCACGGGCACGAUGGCUAAGGGCGCGGCGGAGACCGGGGCGGUGGAGAGUUACAUGUGCGCCAAGGUGAAGCGCAACCCCCUGGUGGCGGCCAACUGCGCUGAGUACCAGGGCUACUUCAUUGCGGACGAGACCAUCGGCAACAUGCAGCGCGGCACGCAGUGGCUGGUCUGGCGUUUCGAGUCUGACAGCACGUUGGCUGACGGCCUCGACGGCCUGCUUGGCAAGUUCCCCGAGUCCCUGGAGGCGCUGGUGAUGGGCCGCGUGGACGAGGACGGGGACCCGGAGAAGCGGGAGGCGAAGGUGCGCGGUGCUCGCUGUGUGACAACAGCAGCAGCAGCAGCAGCAGCAGCAGCAGCGGCGGCGGCGGCGGCGGCGGCGGCAGCAACGGCGGCAGUACCAGCAGCGGCCACGGUGGUGACGGCGGCGGCAGCAGCGGCAACAGCAGUUCCAGCGGCAGCAGCUGUGCCUUGGAAGGCCGUGGGGCCAGCCGGCGGCCCGCCUUGCUCUGCCCCGCGCUGGACGGUGAUCAAGUCGAUUCUGAAGCAGGUGCUCGUUGGCGUCAAGGGGCUGCACUCCAUGGGCAUUGUGCACAGGGACAUCAAGCCCGACAACCUGCUGAUCACUGCCGAGGGCAAGGUCAAGAUCAUUGACUUUGGGGCGGCGGCGGACAUGAGCACCGGCAUCAACUUCAACCCGCUGUACGGCAUGCUGGACCCGCGGUACUCGCCCCCUGAGGAGCUCAUCAUGCCGCAGGACUUCCCGCGCGCCCCCAACCCCGGGGUGGCCGCCCUACUGGCCCCCCUGGCGUGGGUCUAUGGGCGCCCGGACCUCUUUGACUCUUACAGUGUCGGCGUCCUGCUGAUGCAGAUGGCGGUGCCGCAGCUGCGGUCCAGCGCCAACAUCCGCAUGUUCAACGCCCAGCUGCGCAGCUGCGACUACGAUUUGGAGAGGUGGGCGCGCGGCCCCGGCCGCAACAUGGACUUCACCCAGCUGGAGCGCCAGUCGCGCGCCGGCUGGGACCUCGCGGCCAAGCUGCUCGCCAAGCGCGGCUCGCUCAACCGCGGCCGCCUGAGUGCGUCGCAGGCGCUGGGGCACCGCUUCUUUUCGAACCCUCUCUUUGGCUGA